CACCCAAUCCAGCCUUGAAGAUUCUCCCAGCUUCAAGACAAGGUUGAAUUCACCUCAGUGCAGUGCAGUGUCCCAUAGAAGGCCCAGGUGCCAUCCUUUAUCCGCUCCAGUGACCUAGUCACACCUCGUGGUGAAGGUUCCUCCUUGGAUGUCCUGUAAUUGCUGCUUUGGAACUUAUUUGCUCCUUGGAACCUUACCCAUGAUGUUGGUGGGAAGGAGGCUUCCAUGCCCCAUAAUGUGCCCGGAUGUGGGAGGCAGUUGGCACUUUCAUAUGCUUAAUGCAUUUCUGCCCUGCUUUCAGAAGGGGCUUUCAAAUAGGUGUGUUUGGGGGCAGAUUGUUUCGAAAAGUGGUACGUAUAUAUCACAUCAAACAUUUUACCCAUUUUUAAUUGCGCAACUCAGUAACAUUAAGUACAUUCACAUUGUGUUGAUCAUCUAGCUAUAGAGUUUUUUUAUCAUGCUAGAUUGAAACUCAACACUACUGUUAAGUAUGAAUUCCUAUUUAACAUCCUCCACAACUAUUCCGAGAUGACGACCAUCUAUUUUUCUGUCUCUAUGAGUUUGAUGACCAGACGUACCUCGUAUGAAUAGGAGCACCCUUUGGGGUCUUCCUCAAUUAGCAUAACGGUUUUAAAAUCCAUCCACAUUGCAGCACGUGUCAGAAUUGAAUGACUUUUGAAGAAUGAAUAUCAGCCCGCGGUUUGGAUAUACCACAUUUUCUUUACCCAUUUGUCCGUCCAUGGACAAUUGGACCGCGUCCCCAUGGACGGUGCCGCUGUGAACUCGGCCACACACGCUUCAGUGCUUGCUUUCCGUUGCUUUGAGUGUGCAUCUAGAACUGGACACUACUCCAUCAUUUGAUAAUCCCAUGGUUAGAGGAGCGGCUAUACCGUUUCCCAUAGCAACUGCUCCACUCCUCAUCCCUACCAGCAGGAAACAAGGGGCCCAAUUUCUCUACAUCUUCACGAACAUUCGUUGUUUUCUGUUUCUAAGAGUCAUUCCAAUGGGUACGGCCUGGGCUUGCAUCUCUUUCUAAAGUCGAGCAUCUCUUCAGGUGCUUAGUGGACACAGGCGUGUCUUCUCCGGAGAAAGGCCUGUUCAUGUCCUCCACUCGUUUUUUAAAUUGCACUUUGAUACUGUGUUACUAUGGUUGUCAAAUAUGUUUUUCAUCUAGAUUGAGACAUCCUUAGGAGACUGGUAAGCAGCGGGCGGCCAGUGUCACCUACCGGUUGGUGGGCUCUGGCUGUGCAGUACGGCAUGCCUGUGAACACAGCCGCCUAUUUCCCCAAGAAAGAAGUCAACUUCGGAGACCGCAGUCACAAAACAGCCACACAAACACACUUGGUUCUGCAGGGCAAGAAAGGCCUUGGCCUGACUUCAGGCUCUGGGGAUCCAUCUGCAGCAGCAGCCACCUGAAACUGCACACUGGCCUCACCUGGGGUCGACUUCCCUGGGAUUCUAGGCCCCCAGGCCCGGCUGGUUUCAGCUUUUCAGUCACCUGGAACACAGCCUCAUCCAGAGAGUGGCUUUUCCCAGGUCAACGCCCUUCCCCAUGCCCCAGAUAUACCGAACCCCUUUGGGGAAGGAGGUAUAUUGCUUAGACGUCAGUAUUUCUCCAAAGUGCCAAAAUAACCAAAUAAUUUCCAAUUGCAGUCAAUUGAUGAUCAAACACAAGGCGCGACCUGGUUGGAAACACGUGCCUCCGUUUUUCUUUCUGGUUCCCUGGCUUGGUCCGUUGAUCCAAAGCUGGCAAGGGCGGGGUGGGAGGCUGCUUCUCAGACCUUUGAUCCCGGGAUGGACGGCCCUAACCCGCACCUCUAGGUGCAGGGCGUGAGCCCAGCAUCCUCCUCCCUGGCCGCGGCAGGGCUCCCCGCGUGUUCCCUCGCGCGCGCCCCAGUUCUAAAGUAAACAGGGCCGAGGGGACCGGUGCCGCCCGCCCGCUCGCUGCCCGGCUGCAGCCGGCCGGAGCCAUGGCCGAGGCGGUGCCGGCCUCCCCUGCGGGCAGCCGCGGCCUGCACCGGGGCAUCAUCCAGUGGCUAGUUGACAAUUUCUGCGUCUGUGAAGGAUUUAGUGUGCCUCGAUGUCUCAUGUAUGAGAUUUAUGUGGAGACCUGUGGGCAGAGUGCUCAGAACCAGGUUAACCCAGCAACAUUCGGGAAGCUCGUGCGCUUGGUUUUUCCUGACCUGGGCACCCGGAGGCUGGGCACACGAGGAAGCGCCAGGUAUCAUUAUGAUGGAAUCUAUAUCAAGAAAAGCUCCUUCUUCUACUCCCAUUACUGCUACCUCCUGGGUAAAAAAAGCUGUCACAGUGGUGAUGUGGUCACCUUUGGAAAAUCUACUGAUUAUAACAACGUUAUCCAACAGGAAGAAAGAUGUGAAAAUCACUCACCAAUUAAGACUGACUCGAUGGAAUCCCCCGUGUCUCCGUUCAGACGAUGUCCGUUUUGGGAACAAGAACUGGCAAACAAAUACUCCUGUAAGCUGGUGGUCUUUCUCGCUGAUGAGUACUGCAACUAUUGCCGAGACGUUUUGCAGAGUGUGAGGAACCAAGAGCUGGAGAAGGUGGAAGACUUAAUCACAUCCUUCUGGAAAUCUCUGCAGCAAGACACAGUCAUGCUCAUGUCUCUGCCUGACGUGCGCCAGCUCUUUGGAUGCUACGACAUGCAGCUGUUUAAGGGCCUGGAGGACAUCCUCCUCCCUGACUUCCUGGAGGACGUUAGUAUCCAGUACCUGAAAUCCGUCCGGCUGUUUAGUAAGAGAUUUAAACUGUGGCUUCUCAGGGCUCUCGAAGGUUUCCCGGCCAUCUUACAGAUCUCCAAACUCAAAGAAGUCACUGGAUUUGUCAAAAGACUCAGGAGGAAGACAUACCUUUCCAACAUGGCGAAGACGAUGAAGAUGGUCCUGAAGAACAGCAGGAGAGUGGGCCUCUUGAAGUCAGACCUGCGCGCCAUCAUCAGCGAAGGCACUUUGGAUAUUUCGAAGAAGGUGCUGGCAGGUGACUCAGACCAUGAAGAGGAUCUGGAGAGCCACACAGAGAUGAAAUGCUUGGGCUGUCUAAUUUCGUUGCUGGAAACCUCCACAGAUCUUGCCGAACUCCUGAACUGUGUGUCUUCAAACCUCCAAGCGCUUGUCUUCCAGCCAAGCAAAAGCAAAGAGGAGUUUGUCAGGCUGGCGGCCGGCUUCCAGCUAAGAUGGAAUUUCCUUCUCACCGCUGUGAGCAAAGCCAUGACCUUGAGCCACAGAGACAGUUUUGGCGCCUGGCAUCUGUUUCACUUGCUGCUUUUGGAAUAUGUGAUUCACAUACUGGAGUCGUGCGUAGAGGAAGAAGAGGAAGAAGAAGACCUGGGGAGUCUCCAGGACUUGCUGUCAGAUGACCAGUUUCUCGCCCAGCCGGACCAGGCCCUUUUCCACCCUCUGGAUACUUUGCCAACGUCGGAAUGUGGCAUGAGCCGGAGUGUGGAGUCACCUCAGGUGACGCUGAAACACAUGAGCCAGAGCUGCAGUCCCAUGGGUGUGAGCAGCAUGGUUCUCCAGGUGCUGGGCUUCCUGGUGGACACCGCCACAGGCAAUAAGCUCAUCCAGGUAUUGCUAGAAGACAAGGCCACCGAGAGCACGGUGAAACUCAGCCUUCCCGUGGGACAAGAAGCCCUCAUCACCCUCAGCAAUGGACAGAGAUUUGUAAUUCACAUAUCUGACGUGCCCCAAAGCUCGGAAAAUACUUACUGCAGAAAAAUCAACACGAAUAUGCCAGGUGGUUUGUUGGAAUAGGGCGUGAGGAGACAGGCUUGAAUUCUUAAAAUAUGUAUUAAAUCCUAAAGUUUUGUAUUGAUCUGAGAGAUUUUAUGUAUAUAAUAGAUGAAGCACUUUAUGUUUGUAUGUAUUUUGAGGAAUUGCUUUUGAUCAAACUAUAAACUAAUUUGGAGAAUAA